AUGCCAGAGCCCCGGAUCUUCGACGUCUGCAGCCGGCAGCCCGAGGAGCAGACGCUGAACAUCGUCGACAAGGACCUGCCCCCCAACACCUACCCCUUCCAGGCAGCGCUGGAGCACGGCUCCGCUGCCAAUUGGAGCGUCAGGGUGACUGGACAAGUGCAGCCAGUGCCGGCCCCCGCGAUGGACACCGAGCUGGGGAACUGCUGCGUGGCGAAGUCCCACACUGGUGCCGAGGGUGUCCCCAAACCGGGGAAUGGGGACUUGUCUCUGAACCCAACCCCUCUCUCUGCUGCGCAAGACCUGCUGGUGCUGAGCCUGUUGAAGGAGCUGGAGCCCGGGGAGUACACCAUCUUCCUGAAGCUGACGGACGGGCAGGGCAAGGCGCAGGUGACGCCGGUCAAAGCCCAGGUGUGCGACUGUGAAGGGCCGGCUAAAAACUGUGAGCGGCGAGCGUUCAUCGCCAGCGGCCUGGGCGUCCCCGCCAUCCUGGGCAUCCUGGGGGGCAUCCUGGCACUGCUGAGUGAGUACCACGGGACGGGGAUGGGACAGGGACGUGGCCACCCUCGCGCCGCCACCCUGACGCCGAGGGGACGAGUGCUGACCCCUCUGCCCCCCCAGAACCUGAAGGCGGCCGACACGGACCCCACGGCCCCCCCCUACGAUUCCCUGCUUGUGUUCGACUACGAGGGCAGCGGCUCGGCG